ACGUGUGAAUGGCGCUGCUCUCUGCGGAGGAUGGUGUCCCGUAGCCGCGUCCGUGAAGCUCUCUGACCCGAACAUGCGGUCGUGCGGCUUCAUCCUCCUCUGUCUCCUCACGUGCACCGUGUCCAUGCGGGAACCCAACCGGAGCAGCCGGAGUCCAAAACAGGAGCGCGCGCACCACCGGCCUCUCACGCGCGAGCAAAAGGCCGAUCAGAACCUGCAGUUUAUGCUGAGUCUGUACCAGAGCGCCGCGGGGCCUGACGGGAGGCCCAGACAGCACCGCAAGUUCGGCUCCAACACCGUGAGACUCCUCCGGCCCACAGCGUCCUCAGUGCGGUACCUGCCCGCCACAAGAGAUCACCACUACUCCUUCACAGUGGAGUAUCACCUGGACACUCUCCCCUCAGAGCAGCUGCUCAGAGCCUCCUUCGUCCACCUCCGGUCCUCCUCCUCUGGCCGGGACUCCACCCCCAAAGCCCCCCGCUGCAGGGCACAGCUCUCCUCUCUGGGCCACAGCAGCCUGGUGGUCCUAGAGCCUGACGAACGCUGGACAGAGACGGACAUCACUGCCCACGUGCUCCAGGAGCCCACCUCCCACCUGACGCUCACUGCCCAGUACUGGUGCUCCGAUCCUGGGCAUGGCGAGGCCGAGGUGCCCUGGUGGAACUGGUUCUCCUUCGGUAGGCGCAGUGCAGAGAACGCCCACGUGGAGGCGCCGUCUCUGCUGCUGUACCUGGAGGAGCGGCGGCAGGUGAAGGAGUGGGUGGGCGAGCUGAUCGGAGGAGAGGAGGGAGAGGGAGGAGAGGACUUUAUAAACCAGAUCAGACAUGGGCUCCCAGCCGUUCGCCAGAGGAGGUCUGAAGACAGCGCACUGACUUUAGAGGUUCUGACCAAACGCUCGUCCUCCUCUUCCUCGCCUCUCCCCACCUCCUCUCCCUCACUCCUCUCCGAUUCUCCGAACUACAAACGGAAAACAGGAACCCCCAAAAACCGCUGUAAGCUCCACUCGUUCAGACUUUCCUUCGACCAGCUGGGGUGGGGCCACUACUUCAUAGCUCCGCCCAUGUACAACCCUCGAUUCUGCCGUGGAGACUGCCCCCGUGUUUUGCCCUACGGCUACAACUCCCCCAACCACGCCGUGAUCCAGAACACCAUCCACGGGUUAGGCUUGGGGGAGGUCCCUCUGCUCUCCUGUGUCCCGCUCAAAUACCUCCCCCUCAGCGUCCUGGUGGUGCACAAGAAGAAGGUGGAGUACAGGGAGCUGGAGGACAUGGUGGCGGACUCGUGCACGUGCAGAUAGAGAAGCAAAGAAAGGACACAUGAGGUUUGGACAAGGUAAAAAUCUCAUUAAAGAUGCUUCAUGUAACUUUUCUGGAACCAUGGCGGGGGCUGUUAAUGUUAAUAUAUUUGCCUGGAAUGCUCUACAGUGUUCAAUUAAACUUGGAUAGAGUUGGAUUUAUUUAAAGGUGCACUGUGUAACUUUUCUAGUGGACAGUCCGCCAGUUGCUUGUCUUCAUGGAAAUGUUUUUGAUUUGCCUAGAAAGGUUUAACCUAUACUGUGGACCAAUCAGUCAUGAGGGAGACAAGCAGGUUACAGCACUACGCUACAUUACAGUUCAGAUCUGUGGAGAGUCGCCCCUAUUCACAGAAGAAACUGUUGUAUUUUUGAGCAAGAGAAACACCUGUAAUGAAUAAAUGCUAGAUGGGUAUGUUUAAAGUCAUACCAUGGAACAUUCCAGGCAAAGCGAUAACGUCUCCAAGGAGAUAAGCAGAUCUCAAACCCUCCACCGCAAAAGUUGCACUGUGCACCUUUUAAAUUCUGAGGUGUUUUAGUGCUCAAAAAUAUCAUGAAAAACUUAGAUUCCUCCACUCCACAGAUCUGAACUGUCAGUUGGCCUGGCAGCAUCAUCUACCUGUCUACCUGAGUAUAAUGCCAUACUGCGGGACAUUCUAGACAAAGCAAUAACAUCUACGCGGACAUAAGUACGUGGCAUGCUCCCCACCAAUGAAGUUAGAGUAGCUUUAAAAAUUGACUAAAUAUUACAGGAUUUUCAAGUUUCCCAGACACAUCAUGCUUAUUUGUGACAAUUUAGCGAUUUUGGUGCGAGCUGUGAGAUUUUUGCUCCAGUUGGAUCUAGAACUGUAGCUUAAAAUUUGCACAAAAUGUCCGCCAAAAGCCAUGCAUUUGUCUCUGUUAAUGAAGUGAUUUGGUGCAAUUUCAAAAAAAAAGUAAAAGUUGGAUCUAGAAGACUGAAAUUUACACAAAAAUGUCCACCCAAAAAAUGCGUUAGUCUCAGGUUAAGCAUCCAUUUUGGUGCAGUUUCUGAGGUGUGAGAUCUUUGCUGGAGUCAUAUCUAAAAGACUGUAGCUCACAAUCUGCACCAAAAUGUCAACCAAAAAACGAUGUAAAAGUUGUGAGAUUUUCAAAGACUGAAAUCGUCAAAAAUAAAGUUCACCAAAAUCAGUGCGUUUUUGGUGAACAAGGGGUCAGGCAAUGAAGCAAUUUGAUGCAGUUUCAAACGUUGUGAGCUUCAAAAUUUGCACAAAAAUGAAAAAUGUAUUGCUAAUUGUGUUGCUUUAAGUGGGAAGUUGAUUUGGUACAAAAACAAUGAAUUAAUAAUAAAUGCCUAGGACUGACUCAAAUGUCUAGGAAAAUGAAAUGCACUUUGAAACCUAAUGCCUUUCUAGUUAUUUAUUGAAAAACAUUUGUAUAAAAUAAUUGUUCACACCAGCUACAGGCACUAAAUCAUUUCACAUAUUUAUAAUGUAUAAUGUUUGUCACUUUUUUGUUCAGUAAAUUUUAAAUGGAAAAUACCACAUAACUCUUCAGGAGAUGGGAGGCAUUUUUAUAUGAGGUGUUGCGGAGUGUUGCUGCUUAUUUGUAAACUGUGGAUUAUGAUAUUUAUAUAAAAAUGGGGAAAAAAAUGGAAAUGUAGAAAAAAAAAUGAGAUGAAUUGUGAACCAGAUUGCUCAGUGAAAGUGAUGCAAUUUUAUACAAAAAAAUAAUAAUAAAAGUAAUGCAUUUUCUCAAA